AUGAAGGUUUUGACGAAUAUUAGCGCGUUGCUGGCUUUUGGGCUUGGGCCUUCGCAGGCUACUGCGAAGCACUAUAAUCCUGUCAAGCUUGAUGGAUACGGCACUUUCUCAGGCACGGUCAUCAACAGCACCUACUCCAAACAAGACCUCCCAGCACCCGUCGACGCCUGGCUCGGAAUUAAUUAUGCGUCACCGCCCACUGGCAACAAACGAUUCUCGCCGGUAGACGCACCCGCCAAGUUUAGGGGAAUCAAGACCGCCGAUACAUACGGCAAGGCGUGUAUUCAAGAUGCCUCUUCCCGGACUCCCCUUGACACUCAAGAUGAAGACUGCCUCAGCUUUAACGUCUUUCGAACAAAGGGCGUGCCCUUGAGCAAGAAACUCCCUGUUUUGGUCUGGAUCCACGGAGGUUCAUUCUGCGUCGGCAGUUGGGCAAGUUUCGAUGCCGCGGCAUUUGUCGCUUCAUCCAAAGAACCCAUUGUGGUCGUCAACUUUCACUACCGUCUCAACUCUCUCGGAUUCCUGCCCUCUGAGCUUUUCGAGGAUGAAGGUCUGCUGAACCUUGGAAUCCGAGAUCAAAAUUACUUCCUACAGUUUGUGCAGAAGCACAUUGGUUCUUUUGGUGGUGAUCGCAAGGCUGUCACUAUUGGUGGUCGAUCUGCCGGUGGUCACUCUGUCGGAAUCCACUACUUUCAUAACUAUGGAAAAGACUCGAAGCCUCUGUUUGCACGGGCAAUUCACCAAUCGGGAUCUGUCACUUCGAGGGCGUUCCCCAACGCGAGCUAUCCCCUCUACAAGCGUCAAUACGCUGAGUAUCUGUCUUUCCUCGGAUGCGACAAGGCCAGGACGAACAAGGCCACUCUUCGAUGUCUUCGAAAGGCAGACAUCAACGACAUUCGAAACAUCAGCACAAAGAUCUACAACGACUAUGAUCCAGUUUUGACUUGGCCAUGGCAGCCUGUCCACGGAGGGCCGUUGUUCGAGAAACCUGGUUCACAAUCGGGUUAUGACGGCACCUUCUUCCAUGUCCCAACUAUUUCGUCGACUACCACUGACGAGGGAAAGUUUUACACACCUGGAGACUUGGAGACCAACGACGAGUUUUUGGAUUAUCUACACAAUAUCUCGCCAGCUCUCACAGAGGAGGACUUGGCCAGCAUCGCUUCUCUAUACCCCGAUCCGGCAACAGACUCAACCUCACCAUUCGCAAACUCACCAAACAGCACCCAAUACAACCGUAUUUCCGCUGCUUGGAGUGACUACGCCUACAUCUGCCCUGGCCAAGAAACCACGUAUCGAACAUCCACAGCUGGCGUGCCUACCUGGAAGGUUCGCUUCAACACCAGGAACAAGGUCCCUGAUUGGCAAGGAAUCCCGCAUACGUCUGACACGGCGUAUACCUGGAACGAGCCCACUGCAGAGUUCCCUGAAAUCAGUCACAUUUACCACGCCUACCUGGCCAGCUUUGUUGCAUCAGGAGAUCCAAACCGUCAUAGAUACCCCGGUAGCCCGAAGUGGCCCUCGUAUCAGGGCGAAGAUGAGUCGCCGAAGCAACUGGUUGUGCAGCCUCAGAACACAAAGGUUGAGGAGGAUUCGAUUCGAAAGGAGGCGUGCUUGUUCUGGAGAGAUCCCGAAAGGGCUCCUCGGCUGAACAAGUAG